AUGGCAUACACCCACCAAGACUCGACCUCCUCCGCCAUCAAUCCUCAAAGUAUUCCUCCUCUCCCCCUUCCCUCCGGCCUGACCUCACGCUUCGUCGACUGCACACCCAACAGCCUGAUCUUCCACAUCAUCGAAGCCCUCCCAGCAAACCCGACGCCAUCCACCAAACUCAUCCUCUGCAUCCACGGCUUCCCCGAACUAGCCUUCUCCUGGCGCAAUGUCCUCCCACUCCUCUCCGCUGCCGGCUACCACGCCGUUGCCUUCGACCAACGUGGCUACGGCCGCACCUACAGCCCCAGCCCACUCUCCAAGGACUCCUUCCGCCCACUCAACCUGAUCAAAGACACCGUCGCCCUCGUCUCCGCGCUGGGAUACACCUCCGUCUCCGCCGUCGUAGGCCACGACUUCGGCGCCAUGACCGCCUACCUCUGCGCCCUGGCCCGCCCAGACCUCUUCAAAUCCCUCACCUCCCCCCGCCCCCCCACCUCCCACCACAAACCCCCACCACCAAAGAAACUCGACAUCCAAACCUCCCUCCUCUCCCUCCCCUCUCCACGAAAACACUACAAAUGGUACUACUGCACCCCACCCGCCAACACCGAAAUGACCUACCCAACAGGCGCACCCCUGCACGAGUUUCUUCGGGGGUAUUUCCACCUCAAAUCCGCCGAUUGGCCGGUCAACAACCCCCAUCCGCUGGAAGCCUGGACGGGGGAGGCGUUGAGUGUGAUGCCGCGGUACUAUAUCAUGGAUGCCGACGCGGAUAUGCGCGGGAACGUGGCAAGGGAUAUGAAGGCUUUGGAUCCGGGGGAGGUGAAGCGGUUGGCGGAUCGGUGGUUACCGGAUGAGGAAUUGGCGGUUUAUGUUGAGGAGUAUAGCCGUACGACGUUCAGGGGAGGGUUGAAUUGGUAUGGGUUGCAGACUAGUCCGGAGAUCGCGGGGGAUGUGGCGGUGUGGAGUAAUGGGGGAAAGGUCAACGUGCCGACGGUGUUUGUGGCGGGGGAUAAGGAUUGGGGGACGUACCAGGAGCCCGGGGCAGUGGAGAGUAUGGUUGAGGGGAGGAGCGUGGGGAGGGGGUGGUAUCGGGGAACGAAGUUGGUGAAGGGGGCGGGGCAUUGGGUUAAUCAGGAGCGGGCGGAGGAGUCUGUUAGGGAGAUAUUGGAGUUGGUGAAGGAGGUGGAGAGUGGUGCAGCGGCGAAGCUGUAG